AUGGCCACCCAGAACACGAUCGGAGAUGAGCUUUCUCGUCAGACUUCAUCAGCGAAAAGUCCUCCAUCAGCGAAAAGUCCCCAGCCCAACAAACAAAUCUUCCCCUUCCUCGACCUACCGGCCGAAAUCCGCCUCCUGAUCUACCAACCCAUCCUCCCCCAAAAAGUCCGAGUGAAACCCCUGAGCCCAUUCCUCUCGACCCUCGGAUCCCGCAACGACCGCCUCGCCCUCCUCCGGACGUGCCGCCAACUCCGCCACGAAGCCCGCCCCCCGCUCUUCCGCGACGCCACCUUCACGUUCGACGUCCACGACGACGUCUGCGCGCGCUGCUUCCUCGCUUGGAUCGACGGCGUCGGGGACGGACUCGUGUCGAGGCUGAAGCGCUUCGACAUCGUCGCCGUGGACGGGGAGCGUGUCGUCAGAGCUGUGGUUCGGGCCGCGGACGCCGGCGCCGUCGUCACGGGUGCUGCGGUUGGGGUUUUCCGGGGGGGGAGGGAAUGGGUCGCCGACGCGCGGACGGCGCGCGGUGUUGAUUUUUUGGUGGUUGAUAGUUUAGAGAACAGUGGAUAUGAUGGACUUGUGAGACAAGGAGGUGUAGGAAAUGGUUGUUGGGGGGGGAUAGAGAUCAUGUUGGGCACAGGGGGGAUGAGUAGAUGGAUGGUGCUGGAGACUGCUGCUGGCAUUUUCAAUGGUAAGUUCUGGAAUUCGCGAUUGAGAAGAUGA